CGUUUUCCUCGCGAUUGUGAUCGUAGCACCAUGGCUCCCUGGCACCAUGUGUGGAUUUCCUCACCUGCUGCUCGAGGGGUUCUGGAGGUAGAACCGACGGUUUACAGGAUGUCAGGUCUCCCAGGGGAAUCCCAGACGUACGUGGCGUCAAGCUCACAGCCUCCUCGUUACAGUUUACACGGUGGCCUACAGGAAGUCUGGGCUUUUGAGUCCCCAGGGUUCUGUGUAAGGGUCAGUAGGAUCAGGGUCAAAGGAUACCAGGUUUCUGCUUACAGAUGUGUCGUAGAGAUCAGUGCUACUAGAAUGCAAAAAAAUAGACGAGACAAAUCGACAUGUACAUUAUUGAUUUCAUAUGUAAAGCAGGUUUGGAAAAAGAACUGUUAUGGUUUGUGGUGUUCAUAGCAUCUAAGACUCUGGAAGAAAUGAGGUGUAUUUAGCUAUCGUUACAUGUAAUAACGCCAUAAACUCGGUGUGUGUGCACGCCUGUCAAAAUGACAAGACAGAGAAUGAGAAACAGGUGGGGGAAACAAACUGACCCCCUCUCCAUUUGCAGGUUGACAUGCUGAUCUAUCUUUACAGUGGGAGUAAAGAGGGGGAGGAAGGAGGUGCGUUCCCUCUCUUUCUCGCUGUCUGCCAUGAUUCUCGGCCCAAUUUGACCGCCAUGGCACUGCUACGUGUUUAGAUUGAAAUCAAUCAGACCUCUCUGAUUGAGAGGAACAAUCCAAGAUUUCAUUUAUGAUCUGGAUUCAAAUAGGGUCCUAACGUUUUAUCACUAGCAAAAAACAACAACAAGCUGUAUAAACCUCGCUAGCCUGUGCGUACAGGAUUUCGUGGGUUUUUUUUUUAUUAUUAUUGUCGCGGCCAAAAAUGCGUGAAGUGAAGAGAAGAUGACGAGGAACUUGUUUCAACACCAUGAAUGACCUUUUUUCCUCAGGUGAUGAAUCAGAGACUCAAUUUUGGAGACUUUAAAAAGCUAGAACUUUACUUCAUGUUGAAAUAAACGCAAAAGAGGAACAGACAAUGGAUAUAGUAUAUAGUUUUCAGAACUCUAUAGCCUAUAAUCAGUCCGUUCCAGGACUUUGCGAUUUUGCGAUCGCAGAAAUGAACGCAAUAUCAAGCAAACUCCGCAAUAUUCGGAGGAGCUCGCAACUUUCCACAGAUUUGGGCCAAGACGUGUCAUGUGACAUCAUCAUCCAGCCAAAGCCCUCUUCGAUUUAUUUAUUUAUUUAUUGUUUUGUACAAAGCCAAUGUUUUGAAUAUAGAUCAUGUACUCACAUAAGCCUCAGUGUGUGGUAACUUUUUUUUUUUUUUUUUUAAUCUCACAAAUACGAUAACAUCUUUAGCCCAAGUGUAGCUUGAGUGAAUUGUGAUUUUAAAUAAAGCCCGCUCAAUGUAAUCCUGCUCACUUUCUACCUGCCUCCUCCUCCUCCUCCUCCUCGCGGCGGUGGGACGGUCCGGCCCCGCAGCGAUAAGCGCUCUACUGCGCAUGCGCGCCGACAGCUACAGUCGGGCGCGCGCACAGAGCCGCAGCACAGUGUGAAGUUUGUCAGCUCGCGCUGCGGAGGGACUGAAAGAUCACUGCUGUUUAUGCUGGGGUUUUGUUUUUGUUUUUGUUUUUGUUUUGGAAAACGGACAACAUAUAUAAAGGAGUACGGAAAGGAAAUAAGGGUUCCUGCUUAGUUUAAAAGGAAAAGAGGCAACACGUCCAUCCAUCCAUCCAUCCAUCCAUCCAAGUGUCGCAGUGCCAGUCACAGCACUGACUCUGGAGGACAAAAGUCUCAACCCAAGGACGCCAAGACAGCUAUCAAAAAGCAAACAACCACGUGCAUUGUGUUUCUUCCUCUUGAUGACCUUCUCAAAAGUAAACUCUCUGAAGGUUGGAGGACUCUGAAAGAGAGGGCUGGUGGAGGGGAGAAGAAAGCAAAGGCAUAUUUGGAGUUAAAGGCAUAUUGGGACUUCUAUUUCUGCUUCUCUGUGGUAAGGGGAACGUCUCAUUUGGGAUUGCAGUUGGAAAGAGGAAAAGAGAUUUGCUCUUGGCCUUCCCAUUGAGUGGCUGUAUAAAUACUGCAUAUAGAUCAAUUUGUUCUUGUUCCAAAAGAGUUCAAUCUAGAGACUAAGUAUAGCAAAAGCUGCUGAAACCUGUGUCACAUGGAUAUUCUUGAUAUUUACACUUAGACAUUCUGGUGGCAAGUUGGAACCUGGACAGAAAUUCUUGCUCAGGACUAUCCUGCUGUGAAAAAAGUGACCAUCUCAUAGGGGACACUGGCACUGGAGGCUUCUGUUCGGAUGUUUUUUCCCCAGUAGGGAGGUAAAUGAUGAAGCCCUUAACACCAGUUGGCUCACCCUCGCCCCUGCGCCUUCUUAACAAGGGCCCGGAUUACCUACGUAGGCAGAUAGACAGUGGAAAUAGGGGCAACUCUGUUAGUGCUGUGGAGCGGUUAGAGGCAGACAAGGCCAAAUAUGUCAAGAGUCAGCAGGUCAUCAAUACCAAGCAAGAACCUGUGCUAGUUCCUUGUGCGACACCUCCACCCCCGUUACGCCGUAACUUCACCGCACCAACACCCUCGACACCUGUUCUGCCUCGACGCCCACCACUCAGUCCAUGCCCUCUCUCACCCCACAACAACAAUGAGGAUGAUUCCAGGAAGGAGAACCUCAGAGCUCUGUAUCUUGAUGUAGAGAAGCAAAACCAAAAUAACUCCAGUAGGUCACCUCUGCCAUUUCCAAGGAGCCCAAAUGGCACCCCGUUGGUGGCGCCGCACAGUGCCCCCAUGAUGAGACGUAGCAUUGGGAAGCGCAUGCUCCGGCCUGAUUCCUUGGUCAUCUAUAGGCAGAAGAAAGAGUGUAAGAGUCCGAUAGGAAAUGGCGACGGAAACACAAGCACCGAGAUGAAGGGCUAUAGCUUUGUACGCCGGCUCUUCCAAGGUUCUAUGCGAGAGAAGAAUAGCAGGAAUGAAGAUAAGUUGACAAUCAGUGAAGAGAAGUGUUCAUCACGGGAUGGAGACUCACGUAUGUCGUGGUCUAUUGACCGGGACACUGUAGAUGGUGGGAAUGGGACAAGCCGAUCCAGUAGGACUGAAUCAAACAAUGGCAAUAGCAGCUUCCAGGAGCCUUGUAUUUCCUUUGGAAUGACAAGUUCCCUGAGAAAUAGCAUGGGUAAAGGGAAUGAGAAUUAUAUGGACCCUUGGAAACCAGUGAGGCCACUCCAGCGAUCUAAAUCAGACCUUCGACUUUGUUCAUCACUAGCGUUGUCUGAACAGGAGCGGUUCUUUGACUUCUGUGGUCUUGACUGGGACUUGGUGGAUCGGCUUGGGCCUGAGAACUUCCCAUCAGGUGCCAGCUCGAUUGACACUCUCUCACUGGUUCUGAGGAGUGUCGGGGGACUGGAAGGUGGCUCUGAGCCCAGCGAGUUUUCUCGCCACUCAGGAGAGGGCCUCUUCCAGGAGGAAGUGGCUGAGCAGGUACCUUCUGCCGUGUCCAUCAUCGAGAGGAAUGCCCGAGUUAUAAAGUGGCUUUAUGGCUGUAAGAAUGCAGCAACUGAAGAACCCAAAGGUCCCAAAGAGUCAACUGUAUAGCCACAAAUCAAGACAAACCUCAAGACUCUUGGACUAAGUACCACGUUGGCUGUUACACAUUUGAAGAGCUACUAUAUUUAUUUCAAUGGGAAUAUAUGCGUAUGAGAGAACAGCAUGAUACAAGGCACAUCAUUUUCUUACAUUUGUUCGAGAAGAAGCUGGAACAAUAAGACUGUUUUUCAAUUUCCUGUCUGUAAUUUGGUGAUUUGGUGAGUUUCCCCAUCCUCACAGUGGUCCCAGUCUCUCUGUAAAUAAGUAAUACUUGUAUGUCCUGUUCAUUUUGUUGUUGGAGAACAACAGCACUGUGUGCUCAAGUACAUCUCAAUAGAUGAAUAAUUAAAAAUGGAAAACCACUAAGCUCUCCCUGUACUGGGGAUCUAAUGUGUGAGUGUGAAGUGAACCGUGCAUACCUCUAGUUUGUUUUGCUUUUUUUUCCCCAUUAAACACAGGCGUUGGAACAAACACACAACAGACCCGUGUUAAUGCACUAAUGCACUGAAUUGGGUGUAGGUGGGGUAAAACUUAUUUUAGCUUGUGCAAACAACUUUGGUCCCCAAAUAUAAACUAAGCAUCGAUUAAGUAGUUUUGUUUCACAAAAAAAGUCAUAUUUGGCACACACUUAUGAGUCCAUUUUAAUCCCAGUUAUUUCGAAAUUGCCAUGACAAUCCCAUUUGUUGUAUUACUAAAAGCAAAUGAAGCUGUUAUUUCCAACCACAAGUAGUACACAGACACUUGCUUUAGCGAAAUUGACAAAUUAGCAUCAGUAACAGAACUGACCUUAUGACCACACGCCCAAUACUGAACCAGAUUUCUCAUGGCCAAUGAGGCAGAUUCAUCACAAUGAAGCUGUUCGGCCUGUCAGCCAGAGGACUGGGGUCAUUUUUAGAAAUGUUGGUGAAAAAUGAAUCUGAGGUCUUCUGUGGAAUUUCAGGGUUACAGGGUUCAUUUAAAGAGUGGUGGCUAGGCGGAGCUACACUAAUUCAGACAUUUCACCUGCAGCAUGACGCCCAAAUAAAUCCAAGUGCACAAGCUGUUUCCUGAUCUCUCUCUCUCUUGCAUGUUUACAGACCAAGUUGAUUUUUUUUUUCCUAUCCAGAAGAGAUUUAGACUAUAUUUACAAAGGUUUAUAAUUCAUGCAGGCAAUGAAAAUAAAGUUGUAUUUUUUAUUUUA